CGCCGGCAGGGGCAGCAGCGGGAGCGGCGCGGGGCGGAGCGGCGCGAGCAGCCAGGAGCGGCCCGGCCCGGCCCGGCGCGGUAGCGGCGGCGGCGGCGGCGGCGGCGACGCUAGAGCCCGUGGGCGCCGUUCGCGAGGCCGCCGCAGGGGCCUGGCCGCAGCGCGGGGAGGCCUGGGGUCUGGAGGCCGCCGCUACCGCCAUGCCGCUGCUCUUCCUCGAGCGCUUCCCCUGGCCCAGCCUCCGCACUUACACGGGCCUCAGCGGCCUGGCCCUGCUGGGCACCAUCGUCAGCGCCUACCGCGCCCUCAGCCUGCCCGAGGCCGCGCCAGGCGAGCCGGAGCCGCUAACGGCCUCGCUGCAGUCGGAGCCGCCCGCGCCCGCCCAGCCGAGCGCCGGGGGACCCCGGGCCCGCGACGUGGCCCAGUACCUGCUCUCGGACAGCCUCUUCGUGUGGGUUCUAGUAAACACUGCUUGCUGUGUUUUGAUGUUGGUGGCUAAGCUUAUCCAGUGUAUUGUGUUUGGCCCUCUUCGAGUGAGCGAGAGACAGCAUCUCAAAGACAAGUUUUGGAAUUUUAUCUUCUACAAGUUCAUUUUCAUUUUUGGUGUGCUGAAUGUCCAGACAGUGGAAGAGGUCGUCAUGUGGUGCCUCUGGUUUGCUGGACUUGUAUUUCUGCAUCUGAUGGUUCAGCUCUGCAAGGACCGGUUUGAAUAUCUUUCCUUUUCUCCCACGACACCAAUGAGUAGCCACGGUCGAGUCUUGUCCCUGUUGAUUGCUAUGCUGCUUUCAUGCUGUGGAUUGGCAGUUGUCUGCUGUGUCACAGGCUACACCCAUGGAAUGCACACCUUGGCUUUCAUGGCUGCAGAGUCUCUUCUUGUGACAGUGAGGACUGCUCAUGUGAUUUUACGAUAUAUAAUUCACCUCUGGGACCUCAACCACGAGGGGACCUGGGAAGGAAAGGGAACAUAUGUGUAUUAUACAGAUUUUGUCAUGGAGCUCACUCUCUUGUCCCUGGACCUCAUGCACCACAUUCACAUGCUGUUAUUUGGCAACAUCUGGUUGUCCAUGGCCAGCCUAGUCAUCUUUAUGCAGCUGCGUUACCUGUUUCAUGAGGUGCAGCGUCGGAUUCGUCGGCACAAGAACUAUCUGCGUGUGGUUGGUAACAUGGAAGCCAGGUUUGCAGUUGCGACUCCAGAGGAGCUGGCUGUCAAUAAUGACGACUGUGCCAUCUGCUGGGACUCCAUGCAGGCUGCAAGGAAGCUGCCCUGUGGACAUCUUUUCCACAACUCCUGUCUUCGUUCCUGGCUAGAACAAGACACCUCCUGUCCAACAUGCAGAAUGUCCCUUAACAUUGCUGACAAUAACCGUGUCAGGGAAGACCAUCAAGGAGAGAACUUGGACGAGAAUUUGGUUCCUGUAGCAGCAGCCGAAGGCAGACCUCGCCUAAACCAGCACAAUCACUUCUUCCACUUCGAUGGGUCCCGGAUUGCAAGCUGGCUGCCGAGUUUUUCGGUUGAAGUGAUGCACACCACCAACAUUCUGGGCAUUACGCAGGCAAGCAACUCCCAGCUCAAUGCAAUGGCCCAUCAGAUUCAGGAGAUGUUUCCGCAGGUUCCGUACCACCUAGUGCUGCAGGACCUGCAGCUGACACGGUCGGUGGAAAUAACAACAGACAACAUUUUAGAAGGACGGAUUCAAGUACCUUUUCCCACACAGCGGUCAGAGAGCAUUAGACCUGCGUUGAACAGUCCUAUGGAGAGGCCAAACAGUGACCAGGAAGAGGGAGAAACUUCCGCUCAGGCGGAGCGCGUGCCGCUGGACCUCAGCCCUCGCCUGGAGGAGACGCUGGACUUGAGCGAGGUGGAGGUGGAGCCCAGCGAGGUGGAGGACUUCGAGGCUCGGGGGAGCCGCUUCUCCAAGUCUGCGGACGAGAGACAGCGCAUGCUGGUUCAGCGCAAGGACGACCUCCUGCAGCAGGCCCGCAAGCGUUUCUUGAACAAAAGUUCUGAAGAUGACACGGCCUCAGACAGCUUCCUCCCCUCAGAAGGCGCGUCCUCUGACCCUGUGACCCUGCGUCGAAGGAUGCUGGCCGCCGCCGCCGAGCGGAGGCUUCAGAAGCAGCAGAGCUCCUAGCGCUUCCUCGCCCGCCUCGGCCACUGCUGCGCCCGGGCCCGGCGGAAGAGGCCUGCCCGGUCCUGCCCGCCGGCGCAGACGCGGGCUCGACUGCAUUGCCGCUGUAUAAAGCAUGUGGUCUUCUAGUGUUCGGACGGCUGGCAGAUUUAAUCCUCCUUUGUAAUACUUUCUAUGUGACGUUUCUCUCCCGCUUAGAAACACUGCACAUUAACUCUAGGCACGAUCUCUUCUGGCAUCGACGGGAUUUCUCGGGGGUGGGGGACGAUCAGGAGGAAGUGGGCGACCACCUGCCCGCAGCGGGCAGCUCCGAUGACUGCUUUAUGCUUAAGUCACAGCAAGGGCUGUGAGUGCCACGUCUGGCGGGAAGAGCGUGUGCCGGGGAAGAUGUGUACAAAGCAGAGAGGAGAUGCACAGCGUGAGCCCGGCUCCGUGCCGUGGGGCCACGUCCGCUGUCACACUGCUGUCCUUGUUGAGGAAGCACGGGCUCUGGGACCCUGCAGCUGGCAGGGUGUCUUGGAAAAAGAACUCUCGGUUUGAUCCCUGCAGCAGAGGAGGGGAAAGCCCAGGGCUGCGAGUGUGUGGAGGUGACCCCUGUCCCAUUACAUCCGGGACUGACUCUGAGCCCCCUAUCCAAAGCGGCUUCAUUUCCGUUAACUCUGGUGCUCUUGCAUCUCCUGAGAACACCUGUGCGUCUCUCCUCUCUGCCUCCGCGCCCCUGCGCACGGGAAGGGUUAAGCAGCCAGCUGUGGUUUAUGGUUUAAAUUCCUUGGUCAGGUGAAUUAGGCAAUUGCCAAAGCCUGUGGGUUUGGUCCUUGGAGAGAUGUGGGGCCUCGCAAGAUGGGAGAGCAAGUUUUGGGGGGCUUUCCUGAAGAAAUAAAAGAUAACUUUUGUAGCUCUCUUCUCUGGAGCCCUCCAUUUCCUUUCUUUGUUCCUGCUGGUUCGAAACAGAAAGGUGAGAGGUCGAAUCCACACGCCUUGCAGCAGACCCAGGUCCCAAAUCUUUUCAAAUUCUUCACACAUUUAACUUUAAGGGUUUGAAACACGCAAUCAUAGGUUAUGUAGUUCAGUUUUAUGUCCCAUUGGAUUAAGUUUUUUUAGUGUUUGGAAGCAUAGUUUUAUGAUAGUCCUUUUGGGAAAAAUCCAGUAUUAUCCAAAAUUAUUGGCAAAGUUAAAUGUAUUUUACAUAACUGCAAGUUUUUAGAAUGUUGAAAAGUAAUUGAAAAAAGGGUGAUAGGUGAAUAUUUAGGCAGAGAUAAUUUAUUUCAAUAAAUCUUUCAAAAGCCUUACUUUGAAAUGCUAUUAGUAAAUUUCUGUGAUUUUUUUUUUAAAUUUGUUUUGCUAAAAGCAUAGCUGUUUGUUUUUAUUGUUAAAAAAAUAAUAAAAAGCAAACUCU